AUGACAGCCUUCAGCAGAUGGUCUCCGACUGACCAGGAUUCGAUGACAGUAGUUACAGCAGAUGAGGAUAGCGGUGUGGAAAUGUCCCAUUCCAGAGCGGAGAAUGCGUUGAAGACCAAAAAAUACACUGGAGGUGAUUUACGCUGGAGAGCAAAAGCAAAUUCUGGUGGUCCCUCUGACGGUAAAACCGAUUCAAAAGAAGCGGCCAUCUCGUGCGUGUGGAGCCGUGACGACGGUGCUUCUAGCUUCUAG